AUGAAUGACGAUGACGAUGCAUGGUCGUACUCGUUCCCACCCUCUACGGAAACCCUACCACUCCCAGAGAACAGCAGCAAGCCUGAACACGAAUCUGAAGAAAAAUUAGAGAAAAAAUCCAAAAAAAAAAACGAAAUUGAUCAUGCCGAUGCCGACCACGAUUCCAAAAUGAACACCGAUUCCGACUCAGGUUCGUCUUUGGACGAAAAGAAAAAGCUAGCGCCCAUCUUCACCGGCUCACAAACAUCGUCACUUUCGUCCUUGGCUUUGCAAUCACCUUUCAUGGUGAAAUCGUCGCCGGCAGAUCCGUUCACUACUCGACAAGAUGCAAAUUCGGUGAUCUCCAACGAAAGUGCCAAUGGUUUGUUUGAACGAAAAGAUGGGGCGAAAGGAGUAGAUACGCUCAAGCGAGAAGUACUCGAGAAAUCAAUGGGGAAUCCAGUGACUAAAACGAGAAGCUCUCUUGAUGAUAAUUCGUCAAUUGCAUCUUCUUCCGUCACCACAUCACCUCCAAUGAGCACUACGUCUCCCAAAAUCAUCACCUAUCGCAAGUCUAAACGUACAACUUCCGAGGGCAACUUUCAAAGUAUUCUUGAUGCCGCAGCACCAAAAGCAACUUUCAACCCAAAACUCUACGUCGACGAAUUUUUACCAGAUACAAACUACAGGUACACCACCAUCAAGCGAAAUACCGAUUUCCACCAGCUUUUCCCAUCGUUGGACCUCACAGAUCGACUUUUGGACGAUUAUGCGUGUGCACUCAGCCGAGAAAUUCUACUUCAGGGUCGUAUCUAUAUCAGCGAACACUACAUCUGCUUCAAUUCGAAUCUCCUAGGCUGGGUAACCAAUCUAGUGAUCCCACAAGAAGAUAUAGUUUCUUUUGAAAAGAAGUCAACUGCAGGUCUUUUCCCUAAUGGGAUAGCAAUCGAAACCAAAGAUGCCAAACACUAUUUUGCUAGUUUUAGUUCUCGAGAUUCCACGUUCGAGUUUAUGCGUACGGUGUGGCUGAAAGCAACAGGAAAAGAUAUAACAAGCGAACCAGAGCCAAACGAAGAUUCAGAACAUAUACCUUCACUAAUUGAGCUUUCUGACGUUGAAGAUCACCCAGAUUCUCCAUCCAAGUUUCAAUCCUAUAUUUUGUCUAUCGAUGGAGAUGAUGAAAAGAUCGACGAAGGUGACGAACUCGAAGCUGAAGUUGUGGAAACCGACGAAAAAAAAGAGCCAGCAAUUGAAAAUGUCACUGUUCGUAGGUUUAAACCGGACUCCAAGUACACCAAUAUGGGACCGGAAGUGCAUCCUCCUACCACCCCGGAUUUGGACCAAAUAAGAGAGCCAAACGAAACAGAAUUAUGUGACGAAACCAUCAAUGCUCCACUUGGAGUGGUGUAUGACUUAGCAUUUGGAAGCAACAAUACCGACUUCCAUACCAAGUUUCUUCGAUCUCACGAUGCCAGCGAGAUCUCGAAAUAUGGCGAUUUCCAUCCCAUGAAAGAAGAACCGAAAAAACUCCAACGUCAAUAUACUUAUCGAAAAGCAUUAGGCUUCUCCAUAGGACCCAAAUCAACCAUGUGUGAGGUGAGCGAGACCAUUGAACACAUGAAUUUGGGCGACUAUGUUUCUGUGGUCAGUAGAACUGUUACCCCAGAUGUUCCACUGGGAAACUCUUUUUCGGUGAUGACGAGGUACAUUUUCUGCUGGGGAGAAAACAACACCACAAAAGUCUACAUAUCGUUCUUCAUUCAGUGGUCGGGAAGAUCGUGGAUAAAAAGUGUUAUUGAAAAGCAGAGUAUGGCAACUCAAAUCACCACCACCGUUGACUAUAUUGCUGCAUUGAAAGCCGAGGUUGAAGAGCAAACCGUUGAAAGCGAGCAAACUGCUCCAGUACCUGAAACUAUAGUUGAUACUAUAAGUGCUCCCAAAAUACCAGAACAGAAACUACAAGUCACAACGUCAGAAACACCAACCAGCAUCACUUCAGCAAAUCAAUUCAUUCUCGAGAAUAUUGUCUUGGUUGUGUCAGGGUUGGGUAUAUUCUUGGUUCUCAUAUUGGUUAUUCAAAUCUUGCUACUUUUCAAAGUGAGCGAAACCCGCAAGCUAGCCUACGCCCAGGUAGUAGCCAAUUCACGUACCAGCAACUGGAAGACGUCUUCUUCGGGAAUGUGGAAAUGGCUCGAGAAGCAACAAGGUAAGCAAUUGAGCCAAGAACAAAAGUUACAAUACUUGUUGAGCGAGAUCGGCCACCUCGCAGACGGACAUGAAACUUGA